AUGAAGGAGGGAGAAUUCGUCAAUGAUUAUUUUGCUCAGACACUUUCCAUAGCCAACAACAUGAAGGCUAAUGGUGAAAACAAGGGAAAUGUUGUUGUAGUGGAAAAAAUUUUAAGAUGCAUGACUUCCAAGUUUGAUUAUGUUGUGUGCUCCAUUGAGGAGUCUAAGGAUACAAACACACUGACCAUUAAUGAAUUGCAAAGCAGCCUGCUCAUACAUGAACAACGCAUGACUCCUCAUGUUGAAGAAGAACAUGCCUUAAAGGUUGCUCAUGGAGAUCAAAAUGCUCAAUAUGCAGAAAGGGGACAAGGUCGUGGAGUUUUUGGACGACAAAGACGAGGAUGA